AUGGAUGAUUACCCGAAAGCACUUUCAUCUCAUGAAGAAGCCCUUGAAAUCCGACAACAAUCACUUCCUCCCAAUCAUCCUGAUUUGGCUAUGUCCUUUGGGAAUGUGGGUAAUGUGUAUAGCAGGAUGGGUCAACAUUCAAAAGCGCUUUCAUUCUGUCAACGUGCUGUAGAUAUUGCACAGCAAUCACUACCAUCAAACCACUCGCAUCUUCAAUGGUAUAGAAACAAUCUGGAAGACGUGGAAAAAAGUUAA